UAGCAGUUAACAACCAUUAGUUGACAAAGCGUGCUGAUUACUGUCGAAUGUCGAACUUUACUAUCUGAAGAUUAAAUGGAAGCUGUAGAGUUACUAGACCAAUGUGACAUUUACAUUUCGAAGGCAUUAAAAUCGAUCAUCAAAUGUAUCACAAUAUGAAGGCUUUCUGUUACCUGUUGGUGAUCGGCUAGAGACGGUUAGCUUCAUUUGCCCGUCUGGUUUCUAAAGUGAAAUUUAUUUGGUGAAAAGUAACUUGACUUGAGCCUGGCUUUCUUAUAUCUACUCCCAUAUGGUUCAUCUUUCUCAGCUCCAGCACCUCAACUAUGCAAUUAAUCUUGCGAAAAUGUAUACUUCCUUUCUGUCUAGCUGUAUAAUGCGUUUGAUUUCCUUACUUUGGAGGUUGAUGUUUUGGUAAUGGCUCACUGUUCAGAAAGGAAUGCCGACACGGGUUCAAUGUAUGUGCGCUCUCCCUCCAAGGCCAUACACAUUCCCAGGAUUAUGAUGCAAAGGUGCUUUGAGUAAAGAGACGGCAUAUGAAUGACAACUUCUCCUAGAAAGGCAUGACCUGGGUGGGGGCAAACUGUACCCCAAUGUUCCACAAAAGGAUUACCAGGAUGUGUCAUGUUAAAAGGUAUGAUGCUCGACACUUGCUCAUGUGUGGUUGCUCUGUCCAAUGUGCUGCUUAGCACUAGAAACGAGAUUUAUGGUGAAAUGCAGCGUAGGAAAAAAAAACACUCCUGGUCCGUUUCCCUCCGCUCGUUCUUUUUUUUAAACCAAAUAUGCCUCCAAGAUUUGCAAAGUAGCUGCUCUUGUUAUAUCAUUGAAUCUUUUCAUGUCCAUAUGUGUCGAUUGUGUUUUUUUUUGGGGGUCUUGCAUUAAUUUUUUAUUUUUAGCAUUUUCUGGUGGUCAUGGUCUUGCACAGAAGCAUAUACUUGUGGAGCGCAGAACGGCAUUAUUGUCGAAUCAUUUCCGUGUUUCGGUCCAUUAUAGAUGCUUGCUUGUAGAAAACACUGUUUAAGAGAUUUUUGCGAAGAUCUGUUUGUUUCGUUGAUAGAAGGAGGAGGGGGAUACACUUUGCAGGCAUUCCAAUUUUCUAGUUGCAGCCAGGAUUCCCGACCGUUAGUAAGAAUGAAAUACGCUUUCGAAAAGCUCGGGGUGAUUCUCAUUCACCAGCUGGCCACCGCUGAGGUGCUGAGAUUCUUUGUCUAGCUAGUGGCUGCGUCCCAUUUGAUGCCUCAACGGAGCGGAGACGCCGAAGGUGAAUAUUUCCUUUGGCAAUUUGCAACCAUGAGACGAUAAAAAUCGAUUGGUGAUGCAUAUGUAUGUACCGCUUGAAGACGCAAUGUACUAGAUAUAGCCAUGUAGGUUUAGGUGGAUGGCCGGAUCCACCACGCCACAUAGUUGAAUCCAUCUCGUCUGCUUUGCUUUUCCCCUUGUCUCGCCAUGAUCUGCUGAUGAGGCCUCUCCUGGACCACAGUAUAUUCUUUUCCUCCACCCACAAACUGGACGAUAUACUGUAGCAGAAAGCAGCUCUCCUGUCACCACUUCAACAUUUUUUUAGUUUUUAUUUUGCGAAUACCACUGCAAACAUUUUAGACAUAUAAACCAAACCCAAGACCUCUCCCACAUGCAGCAACAGCACUAGUCUAAUGCUGCCACUGUUUAGGGCCUGUAGUACUAGGGGUAGCAGUAUACAACUGGAGAGAGCGCCAUGAACACUGAAGCUGUCGCCACGCCGGGACAAGCGCACGAGCGGAACCGGAACCUGGGCCUAGAUUAGAAGAACACAGCCAGCGAGCGUGUCCCGGCGUCGUUACCGCUGUUGUUGCAUGCGUUGAGGCAGACACUUUCCCCUGGUUUAGGGCCUCAAACCCCUCUUCGGCCAGGACAGGGUUCUUGAUUGGAGAACCGUAUUUUGUCCUCCUCGACAGCGCCUAGCCCUAGCCUCCCCCGGUUGGGCGACACGCCUCCUGCCCCCAUGGCCAUGGGGUUGCUAGGAAAUGAAAUGCUCAAAUGCCGCUUAAUUUGCAAAGCAAGUUGGGAUGUGACAUGAUGAUGAGGCGCGGCGUAUGCCGAAUUCGGAGCAGCUUUUGGAGAUCUCCCAACGUGAGGGCCGCAUCAGCCUGUCUCGGCCGCUCUUUUCUUUUUUUUUCUUUUUUUUUUGAAACAAGGCAAAAGACUUGCCAUUUUCAUUUAAUAACUUUUCUUUUCUUUUCUUUUCCCCGGUGGAAUCGAAGAUUGGUUUUUGGUCCAUGGAUGGAUGGAUGCUGCUCUCCCGUGUCCAGUUGAUGACACGUUUGUGGAGUCGCGAGCUAGGGUACGUGACAAACUCACUGCCAAAGUCCUACUCUAAUCUAGCUCUACUUGUGCUACGGACGGGACGGGACGGGUGCCCGUGCGGCAACGUCGUCGAUGCAUCGAUCGCUGGGUUUUGUCACGGUUAUCCCAACCACCCGACUAACCCGUCCGUAUUAUAAGCGCUUCGUCUUGGUCGCGUGGCAACAUAAGUUUGUCUUUGACGGAGACCACAUCGGUUUUGGUUUCGGGGGUUUGUUCCAUCGGGUGCUUGUCAUUUUCCGUUGGAUGCUUUGCUUUGGUAGCUAGGAAAUGACCAGCCACCCUUCGCUCCCUCGCCGUACGUAGUACGCGGCUGCUGCUACUGCUUAAUUCCAAUAACCCAAGAGAAGACCGCAUGCAGCCGGUCGGUUCAGCACCCUGACCUUGCAGCUCGGCGUGGAGCUCACACAGUUUACAAAUGCGUUGUGUCACUAGUUCAACUUGGUCCGGUCAUUUAUGCCCGCUAGUGCUACGUCCUAAAUGUUGGAGCAUCCACAUUUCCGGUCCACGUUAUCAGCAGCCCAAAGCACGAAAAAGAAAUACUCGCAAAAAAAAGCACGAAAAAAAUGAGAGAGAGAGAGAGAGAGAGGACAAAGGCGUUGGGGGCAGGGGCAACAUGGGCAUUUGCACCCACCGAAUUGGCCUGCGCGGUGCGACUAUAUCUGCGCCAUGCCGUCCCGUGCCAAGCUUCAUCUCCUCAGACUCAAGACAGCGCGCGUGCUGCACCCUGCGCACCACACGUACCACUCCUCCACCUACAAAGCUCGUACGUACGCUGGCACGCGCACGCGCGCGCGGCUUAUCAUGGAGGUGAGCGGCUCGGCGCACGACCUCGGCGACAGCUUCUCCUACGGCUGGCUCAACCAGGCGCCGCCCUCCUUCGACCGCCUGGCUGCCGACGCCGGUCAGUAUUCCUCCGGGGGCUCCAGGUCCUCCUUCAUCGACAUGGAGGACCCCUCCGAGCUCUUCUCCAUGCGGUGGACCACGACGGCGGCGACCGACUUUGACUUCGGCCUCCCGGCGCCAGGCGACGGAGGCGCCGCGUCCCCCGCGCAGCUGGUCAGCGCCAGCCAGAUCUUCCGCGGCGGCCGCCUCCUCCCCUGCGAGCCCGGCGGCUGCUCCGGCACCUCUGUGCAAGAAGACGGCGACGGCUCGGUGGCCCGUCGCGCCAAGGACGCCGUGCCGCGGUUGUCGCCUCCGUCGUCGCCGCUGUUCCACUCGGCGCAGAGCACGCCGCUGUCGCUGAGCGCGUGCUCCAGCGCGACGAGCAAGCACGCCGGGCAGCGCCCGAUGACGAGGCGGCGCGGCGGGUCGUCGCCGUGGAAGGUGCUGCUGAGGUACGUGCGGUUCCUGAUGCCGCUGUACCGCAAGGCCCGGGCGAGGCACGCGCACAGCAGGGUGGCGCCGGCGGGGAGCCCGUCGCGCGGGUCCACGUCGAGCGCCGUCGAGUGGUGCCACGGCAAUGCCGACACGGCCGUCCACGACGCCAUCCUCUACUGCAAGAAGUCCAGCGGAAAAGAUGCACUGCCAUGAAGGAGACCAGUCGCCGAUCACCGAGCGCAUGAGUUUCUUAAUCCGCGAGAGCUUUGCAUGACCUUGUGUUGUGCCAUCUCAGCUCGAGUUCGUGUCCGAUUUUAUUUUUGUGCGUGUUCUUCGAAUGCCUUGGUGUGUAUAUAUAUGACAGUGUUAUAGAUGUAUGCUUAAUUAACCCGUGUAUGAAUGCUGUGUCUCAUGGA